AUGUCACCCAUCCCUAUCACGAUAAUCACCGGGUUUCUUGGGUCCGGGAAAACCACUCUCCUCCUCAACCUUCUCCCGCAACUGCGCGCCCAAAACCCAUCCUACAAACUCGCGCUCCUCAAGAACGAAUUCGGUGAUCUAGCCAUCGAUAGCCAGCUCGCGACCUCAUCCUCCAUCUCAGGCGUCCGCGAACUGCUCAAUGGCUGCAUCUGCUGCAACCUCGUCGGCCAGCUCGAUGUCGCGCUCCAGGAGCUCGCGGAAAAGGUGCAGCCGGACCGCAUAGUCGUCGAGACGAGCGGGAGUGCGUUCCCUGCGACACUAGCUAUGGAGGUGAAUCGGUUGGCGAGGGAGACGAAGGGCGCAUAUGUAUUGGAUGGAGUGGUUACGGUGAUUGAUGUGGAGAAUUGGAAAGGGUAUGAGGAUACGAGUUAUACGGCGAAGAUACAGGCGCGGUACACGGAUUUGGUGGUGUUCAAUAAAUGGGAGGGGGUGAGUGAGAGGAGGAUGGAUGAGUGUCUUGAUCGGUUGGGUGACUUGGAGGUCCAGAUUGCGUGGGUGAAGAGUGAUAAGGGAAGAGUGCCUGUGGAUGUUGUGUUUGGCGUUGAUGGGGGGCUGGCGAGGACGCUGGGUGAGACUCAGACGAAUGGACAUGGCCAUGAUCAUGCGCAAGUGAACGGGCAUAGCCAUUACCACGCGCAGGAAAAUGGCCAUAGCCAUGAGAAGGGCCAUCAGAGUGAAGUCGAGGUCCUCUCCAUCACGCUAGAAGCAGGAGCAAGUUCAGUUGUCGAUUCAACCAAGCUAGAGAAGCUUCUCAAGACCGCCCCGAAAGACGAAGUCUACCGCAUCAAAGCUGUUCUCGCAGCAUCAUCUCCCAUCGUACCCUCAGACUCGAAUACCGCCGAACCCAGUCCCACUGGUCCAGGCCGGUAUAUUCUGAACUGGGCGUUUGGGAGGUGGACAUGUACGCCGAUGGUUAGCGAUGAGCAUAACUCGAGUAGUGGAGUUGUCUUGAGGAUGACAAUGAUUUUGGCGAGGUAUGAGAGUAAGAAAUGGAAGAAGCGGAUCGAGACUGCUGGAUUUGUGGAGUUGGAUGGAGAGGAUAAGGGGACCUUAACCAUUGAGAAGAUCGCUUGA